AUCUGUCACAUUGCCUGAGCAGCCAGCGUGUUCAGUGCAUGUCCAAUAUUAAAAAAAAAAAAAAAAACAAUUUAAAUUAGAUAGUACAAUAAUUUUAACUAUGACUGUUAAUUCAAUGACUCUCCUUUUGACUUUAAUGUCGGUAUGGUUAUGAAUUUAUGGUUCAUUAACUUUUGUACACUCCAAAUCUAAGCUUGGGGCUAAGAGUAGUGUAGUAGCGAAGACAAAGCAUGGAUGAAUGUUUUCAAGAAAAUGGGCCAAGUGAACCUCUGCUAGAGCCAAAAGAACCAGUAAUUGCAGUGGAAAAUGUAAGCUCUGAGCUUGAAGACAUAUUGUCCGACACAAGCUUGUCCAAUUUUCAGCGGCUUGGACAGGCCUCUGUUGUGGAAUUUAGAAACCUCUUUCGCCUAGCAGCUCCAGCAAUCAUUGUUUAUUUGCUCAAUAAUAUCACUUCUAUGUCUACCCAAAUAUUCUGUGGUCAUCUUGGUAAUCUUGAACUCGCUGCUGCUUCACUUGGCAAUGAAGGUAUUCAACUCUUGGCUUAUGGCGUCAUGCUAGGAAUGGGGAGUGCAGUGGAGACACUAUGUGGGCAGGCAUAUGGAGCUCACAAGUAUGAAACAUUGGGAAUAUAUCUUCAAAGAUCGACAAUUCUCCUUAUGUUAUCUGGAAUACCGAUCAUGGUGGCUUACUUAUUUUCAAAGCCAAUUUUAAUCUUAUUAGGAGAAUCAGAGAAAGUUGCAUCAGCAGCUGCAUUAUUCGUUUAUGGUCUAAUUCCUCAAAUAUUUGCUUACGCCGCCAAUUUCCCCAUUCAAAAGUUCUUACAAGCUCAGAGCAUUGUAAAUCCUAGUGCAUAUAUAGCUGCAGCAGCAUUAGUCCUCCAUCUUUUCCUAACAUGGAUUGUACUUUAUGUAUUUGAGUGGGGAUUGUUUGGAGGAGCAUUGGUUCUAAGUAUUUCGUGGUGGAUAGUAGUCAUUGCACAAUUUAUGUACAUAUUGUGGAGUGAUAAAUGUAAGAAAACAUGGAACGGAUUUAGUUCGCAAGCAUUUUCCGGGCUGUGGGAUUUCUUUAAGUUGUCAGCUGCUUCAUCUGUUAUGUUGUGUUUGGAGACAUGGUAUUUUCAGAUUUUGGUUUUAGUUGCUGGUUUGCUUCCAAAUCCGGAAGUGGCAUUAGACUCUCUAGCUGUUUGUAACACAAUUCUUGGAUGGGUGUUCAUGAUAUCUGUUGGGUUCAAUGCAGCAGCAAGUGUCAGGGUGAGCAAUGAGUUGGGAGCUGGGCAUCCAAAAUCAGCCUCAUUUUCAGUUUUGGUGGUGACAUUAAGCUCGUUCGCGAUUUCUGUAGUUAUUGCCAUAAUCGUGAUGAUGCUUCGCGAUGUGAUGAGUUAUGCAUUCACGGGGGGCGAAACCAUUGCUAAAGCAUCUUCAGAACUUGCACCACUCUUAGCUGCCUCUAUAAUUCUUAAUGGCAUUCAGCCUGUUUUAUCCGGAGUGGCUGUUGGGUGUGGAUGGCAAGGAUUUGUGGCAUACGUUAACGUUGGAUGUUACUACGUUGUUGGCAUUCCCUUGGGUAUUCUUCUUGGCUUCAAGUUCAAACUCGAAGCUAAGGGAUUAUGGCUGGGCAUGUUUGGUGGAACAGCCAUGCAAACUCUUAUCUUGGUAUGGGCCACUUUUAGAACCAAUUGGGACAAAGAGGUGGAGAAAGCAAAAAAUCGAUUAGUUAAGUGGCAAGACAGCAGUAAAAAGCCACUGUUAAAUGAGUCAUGAUAACAAGCAUAUUUGCCUAAUUUUGACCCUUUAAGAUUUUCUUUGUUUUAAUUAGUUCAAAUGGUAUGUUGCUGUCUCUACCUCUUUUAUUUUUCUUGGAUUCUCUGCUAAUUUAGUUUACUAAUUCACUAACCGCAAUUAUUUCUGGCAAGCAUAUAUAACUUUAAAAAUAAGUUACU